AUUAGGGUGAGCAGGGUGAGUGGGAGCUGCCUUCGCCGCCACCGCCGUCUGGGUAGCCGCCUUUGCCGCGCCAGAGCCUUCAGCAAGUGUUUAUUGAAGGAGUAUUAUGUGCUGACCCUGUGCCGGACUCUGGGGAUGCAAAGCUCCGUCGGGGCCAUGUCCGAGCGAGAAGAGCGGCGGUUUGUGGAGAUCCCUCGGGAGUCGGUCCGCCUGAUGGCGGAGAGCACGGGCCUGGAGCUGAGCGAUGAGGUGGCAGCUCUUCUCGCGGAGGAUGUGUGUUACCGUCUCAGAGAGGCCACCCAGAAUAGCUCUCAAUUCAUGAAACAUACCAAACGGCGGAAGCUGACUGUCGAGGACUUCAACAGGGCCCUCCGCUGGAGCAGCGUGGAGGCUGUGUGUGGCUAUGGAUCCCAGGAGGCGCUGCCCCUGCGCCCUGCCAGGGAGGGCGAGCUCUACUUCCCUGAGGACCGAGAGGUGAACCUGGUAGAGCUGGCCCUGGCCACCAACAUCCCCAAAGGCUGUGCCGAGACAGCUGUGAGAGUUCAUGUGUCCUACCUAGAUGGCAAAGGGAACCUGGCGCCUCAAGGAUCAGUGCCCAGCGCCGUGUCUUCGCUGACCGAUGACCUUCUCAAGUACUACCAGCAAGUGACUCGAGCCGUGCUGGGGGACGAUCCGCAGCUGAUGAAGAUCGCUCUCCAGGACCUGCAGACGAACUCCAAGAUCGCAGCACUCCUCCCCUACUUUGUUUACGUGGUCAGUGGGGUGAAAUCUGUAAGCCACGAUCUGGAGCAGCUGCACCGGCUCCUGCAAGUGGCUCGGAGCCUGGUUCGGAACCCACACCUCUGCCUGGGGCCCUAUGUCCGCUCCCUGGUAGGGAGUGUCCUCUACUGCGUGCUGGAGCCACUGGCUGCCUCCAUCAACCCUCUGAACGACCACUGGACUCUUCGGGAUGGGGCUGCCCUCCUGCUCAGCCACAUCUUCUGGACACACGGGGACCUUGUGAGUGGCCUUUAUCAGCAGAUCCUGCUCUCCCUGCAGAAGGUGUUGGCAGACCCUGUGCGGCCUCUCUGCUCUCACUACGGGGCUGUGGUGGGGCUGCAUGCCCUCGGCUGGAAGGCAGUAGAACGAGUACUGUACCCACACCUGUCCACUUACUGGACAAACCUGCAGGCUGUGCUAGAUGAUUACUCCGUAUCUAAUGCCCAAGUUAAAGCAGAUGGACACAAGGUCUACGGAGCCAUUCUGGUGGCCGUGGAGAGACUGCUGAAGAUGAAGGCCCAGGCGGCAGAGCCCAGCAAGGGGGGCCCAAGCGGCAGGGGGUGCCGGCGCUCGGACGACCUGCCCUGGGACAGCCUUCUCCUGCAGGAGUCUCCCUCCGGGGGCAGCGCGGAGCCAGGCUUUGGGUCUGUCGUCCCGCCGCCGCCAGGAGGCGCGGGGCCGGAGGAUCCUUCCCCAUCGGUGACCCUGGCGGACAUCUACCGGGAGCUGUACGCCUUCUUCGGUGACAGCUUGGCCACCCGCUUCGGCACGGGCCAGCCCGCGCCCACCACUCCGCGGCCGCCCGGGGACAAGAAGGAGCCGGCGGCCGCUCCGGACUCGGUGCGGAAGAUGCCGCAGCUGACGGCCAACGCCAUGGUCAGCCCGCAGGGCGACGAGAGUCCCCGGAGCGGCGGCCCCGCGUCGGCCUCCGCGCCCGCCGCCUCUGAGAGCAGGCCGCUGCCGCGCGUGCAUCGGGCGCGGGGGGCGCCCCGGCAGCAGGGCCCCGGCGCCGGCACCCGCGACGUCUUCCAGAAGAGCCGUUUCGCCCCGCGCGGCGCCCCCCACUUCCGCUUCAUUAUUGCCGGGCGGCAGGCCGGGAGGCGAUGCCGCGGGCGCCUCUUCCAGACCGCCUUCCCCGCGCCGUACGGGCCCAGCCCGGCCUCCCGCUACGUGCAGAAGCUGCCCAUGAUCGGCCGCACCGGCCGCCCGGCCCGCCGCUGGGCACUGUCGGACUACUCGCUGUACCUGCCGCUCUGAAGCGGCGCUGGCCCCCCAGCCCCGCCCGCCGGCCUCUGUAAAUAAAGCCCCUGUCGGAAGUGACGUCUGCGCGCUCGUGGGUCGCGCCGGAUGAGGCGGGGCUUGGGUGGUUGGCUCCCGCGGCGGCGCUUCCUAGUGGCGAGGGCGCCAUGGCGCUGCCCUGGUUGCAGCGCUUCGAACUCUUGCUAUUCACAGCUGCCUUCCUGUGCGGGGCCGUGGCGGCCGCGACGCUGACCCGGACCCAGGGACGGGUUUUCCGGAGUGUCUUCCAGCACCACACGUAGCCCGGUCUGGUGGCUGCGGCGCAUCACCUUAUCCUGGUUCUGAAACAGAAAUCGGCCCGGGCCCUGCCUACACGUUUAAAUGAGGCACUUGUGCCGAGCUACGCCAGGAAAUAAAGCGUAGUGUAGCGGAGAUGACCGAGCUUCCACACGAUUGCAGCACGGUGUAUGAAUGACAAAAUACGGAGGUAGAAAAUGCCAAAGCAGGAGGGUUUUUUUCCCCCCAGCCUGCAAUCUUGUUAAUAAACAGGCUCAUUUAACCCUGUAAGGCACGAUUAUGCCUUUUUCGUGUUUUUUUUUGUUUUGUUUUUACAGAUUAGGAAAUAUCGGAGAUAGUUGAAGGUUACACAAGUUCUGGUUUUACUCUAGGCUUUCUGCAGAGGGGAGACCAGAACUUGUGAGGCAUCUCUGAAGCCGUCUUUUAUAACCACCGCCUAUUUCCUGAUCCUUCUGUCCACUGCAGGUUUGACUUCCCCAGUAGGCCCUCUCCAUCAGUCUACUGGCCCAGAAACAGGAACUGACAGUGCAUAAAUAACCUCCUAGGGUGGUCCUCUCCUAGGUUAUCCCUCACACCUGCCCAGAGCCUGCACCGAGGCUCUAACCUGAAAUCUAGGACUCAGCAGCUUCUCUUCACAGGGUUCCUUCAGUAGCCACUGUCCCUUGUACGGCGUGGCCGCCCUCAAUGGCUCCUCCCUGGCUUUAUCCCAACCCUCGGCCCCAUCCCUCUGCUACUUUGUGGCCGGGGUCUCUGGCCUCCUGGCCCUCUACUGCCUCCUGCUCCUGCUCUCUGCUGGGUCUACAGCACUGCAUCGAGGACUCCCACAGAGGCCCUACAGGGCUCCGCAUUGCCUGGCCAUCUCUGCUAUAGCCACCUUCCUGGUCUUAGUGUCUGCCUGUAUCCUUCGAUUUGGCACCCGUUCUCCUCUGCAAAUCCAUCGUCUCCCUGAACAUUACAAUUAGCUGCUCUGAAGCCCAGAAAAUUCCAUGGACACCCCCUGGAACCACUCUGAAGUUUUACUCCAGCCUAUACGUGCUGAAACCUCUUCUUGGGUGAAUCUGGUAUUGUGGUGUGUGGUCUUGAUGCUUCAGGUGGUGCAGUGGAAGUCUGAAGCCACACCUUAUCGGCCUCUGGAGCGGGGGGACCCCGAAUGGAGCUCUGAGACAGAUGUUCUUGUUGGGCCACGCCUUUCCCCUUCCUGAAGAGUAACCAGAAAAUCCUUCCUGCAGCCAAAGACUCCAUGCCCACGUGCCUACAGUCCUCUUGCCCCCACGUGGCCCUGUUUAUACUGGGAGCCUGUUUUUCCCUCCACGAGGGAAACGUGACAAUGGGCUCCCUCCACCUCUCUUCCUACAGCUGUUUUUGUACCAAAAUAUUAGAUUACUUUUUUCCUUCA